CAUUCAUCCCCACCUAUCUUCCUACCCGAAAGAAGCAAACCAUUUGAUCAAAAAACCCAUUGAAAAACGAAGCAGGAGAAGGCCAAACCAUUAUGGGAAAUAGAGUUCCAUUUCUGCUCUUACUUCUUGUUUUGUGCUAUGGAGUCACCAUGACAAUGGGGCUUUAUAGAGAUGGUAGGAGUAUGGAGGAGAAGGAGGAGGAGGCGACGGAGAGAAGAGAGGGAGAAGAUUGGUUCUUGUUGCAGGAUUCUAAGCAUGUUGUGAAAACUGAUGCUGGUGAUAUGAGAGUGGUGAAGAAUUUUGGUGGCAGGAUUUUGGAGAGGCCUAUGCAUAUUGGGUUCAUUACUAUGGAGCCCAAGUCUCUUUUUAUACCUCAGUAUCUUGAUUCCAACUUGAUCAUUUUCAUCAGUAGGGGAGAAGCAAAGAUUGGACUGAUAUACAAAAGUGAGUUGGCUGAGAGGCGACUGAAGAUGGGAGAUAUAUAUAGAAUCCCAGCUGGUUCAGCCUUCUACUUGGUGAACACAGGUGAAGGACAGAGACUUCAUGUGGUUUGCAGCAUUGACCCAUCUGAGGGCUUGGGAUUGGGUGCUGUCCAGUCUUUCUUCAUUGGUGGAGGGACGUAUCCGACAUCUAUUCUUGCUGGUUUUGAGCCAGAAACACUUGCAACAGCCUUUAAUAUAACAAUGGAAGAAGUAAGGGAGCUCACGAGCAGGCAAAGUGAUGGUCCAAUCAUAUAUCUAGAGGACUCCCGAGCACCAAGGAUAUGGACAAAAUAUUUUCAAAUGAAGGAGAAAGAGAGGCUGAAGCAUAUGAAGAGAAUGAUGGAUUUCCAAAAUGAACCCAUGGAAGAAGAAGAGAGAACAUCAUGGGCAUGGGGGAGACUAUUGAAUUAUGUAUUGGGACAGGAAAAUGAGAAGAAAAGGCACGACAGAAAAGGUAAAUCCCCUGAUUCUUACAACAUCUACAAGAAAUCCCCAGACUUCAGAAACAAUUAUGGAUCUAGUAUUGCCAUUGAUGAAGCUGAAUAUGAUCCUCUCAAAAACUCUGGCAUUGGAGUAUAUUAUGUCAACCUCACCGCGGGAUCGAUGAUGGCACCGCAUAUGAACCCAACAGCAACAGAAUAUGGAAUUGUUUUGAGGGGAAGUGGAGUGAUAGAGAUUGUGUAUCCAAACGGAACACAAGCAAUGAAAGCUAAAGUAGCAGAAGGUGAUGUGUUCUGGGUACCAAGAUACUUUCCAUUUUGUCAAAUCGCAUCAAGAACAGGUCCGUUUGAGUUCUUUGGAUUCACAACCUCAGCUCGCAAGAACAGGCCACAGUUCUUGGCUGGUGCAAGCUCAGUCCUUACCACAUUGAGAGGCCCUGAGCUUGCAGCUGCAUUUGGAAUGUCCAAGGAAAGGGUUGAAAGCUUCAUUAAUGCGCAGCGUGAGGCUGUUAUAUUACCUUCAGCAUCCGCAGCUCCACCGGAUGAGAUGGAGAAGAAGGUUGGCUUGGACAGGGUGCCAAGGGAAAUGAUGAAAAACUUGUAUGAUCUUAGGUUUUGAUUAGACAAUGUGUAGUGUGAAGAAACAAUGUGUUAGCAAAUUAAUUGUUUUUUUUUUUUUUUUUUUUCCUUUCUUUGCUUUUCUUUCGGAGUUUGUUAAAUGAGUUUCUCGAGUUGUGAAUAAAAUCAACUUCGCUUUUUUAUUGUA